AUGAAUAAAGAUAUAAACUUAUUGAUCGAGGAGCUCGUGCACCUCCUCGCGCUGCGCGUCGUGAUGCAGCUUCAACUCGACCUGGUCUACAUCAGAGACCUGGUCUACAUCAGAGACCUGGUCUACACCAGAGACCUGGUCUACACCAGAGACCUGGUCUACAUCAGAGACCUGGUCUACAUCAGAGACCUGGUCUACACCAGAGACCUGGUCUACAUCAGAGACCUGGUCUACAUCAGAGACCUGGUCUACAUCAGAGACCUGGUCUACACCAGAGACCUGGUCUACAUCAGAGACAUCAGAGACCUGGUCUACACCAGAGACCUGGUCUACACCAGAGACCUGGUCUACACCAGAGACAGAGACCUGGGCUACAUCAGAGACCUGGUCUACACCAGAGACCUGGUCUACAUCAGAGACCUGGUCUACACCAGAGACCUGGUCUACACCAGAGACAGAGACCUGGUCUACAUCAGAGACCUGGUCUACACCAGAGACCUGGUCUACAUCAGAGACCUGGUCUACACCAGAGACCUGGUCUACAUCAGAGACCUGGUCUACACCAGAGACCUGGUCUACAUCAGAGACCUGGUCUACACCAGAGACCUGGUCUACAUCAGAGACCUGGUCUACACCAGAGACCUGGUCUACACCAGAGAUGGUAUGAGGGUCCAGAGCGACUCCCUGUUAGCGUCUGACGGGCCCGCCUACGCCCUGGAGGCGGGCCCAUCUACACCCUGGAGGCGGGCCCGUCUACGCCCUGGAGGCGGGCCCAUCUACGCCCUGGAGGCGGGCCCAUCUACGCCCUGGAGGCGGGCCCGUCUACGCCCUGGAGGCGGGCCCAUCUAUGCCCUGGAGGCGGGCCCAUCUAUGCCCUGGAGUUGGGCCCGUCUACGCCCUGGAGGCGGGCCCAUCUACGCCCUGGAGGCGGGCCCAUCUACGCCCUGGAGUUGGGCCCGUCUACGCCCUGGAGGCGGGCCCAUCUACGCCCUGGAGGCCGGCCCUAAAGCCUCUCUGUGUGUUGCAGGCAGAGAGGAGCCGUCCAGCUACACCUGCACCACCUGUAAGCAGCCCUUCCCCAGCGCCUGGUUCCUGCUGCAGCACGCCCAGAACAGCCACGGCAUCCGCAUCUACCUGGAGGCGGGCCCCUGCGGCGCCGCCCUCACGCCGCGCAUGGUGAUGCCUCCGCCCAUGGGCAACAACUCCAUCCCGCAAUCCCCGCUCAGCAACUUCCUGGGGGACAACAACCCUUUCCACCUCCUGAGGAUGGCGGGCCCCCUCCUCAGGGAGCCGCCGCCGGGCUUCAUGGAAAACCGGCUGCCCAACACGCCGCCUUUCAUCAGCCCGCCUCCUCGCCACCACCUGGACCCCCAUCGGCUGGAGCGCCUCAGCGCGGAGGAGAUGGGCCUCAUCUCACAGCACCCCAGUGCCUUUGAGAGGGUGAUGCGGCUCACGCCGAUGGCCAUGGAGUCCCAGUCCAUGGACUUCUCCAGGCGCCUACGGGAGUUGGCGGGUAACAACAACGCCACCACGCCCCCUUUGUCCCCCGGUAGGGCCAACCCUCUGCACCGACUCCUGAACCCCAACCCCUUCCAGUCUGGGCCCAAAUCCCCUUUCCUGAGCACCCCGCCCUUACCGCCAAUGCCCCCAAACAGCACCACUCCUCCCCAGACUCAGAACAAGGUCAAGUCUUGUGAGUUCUGCGGGAAGACCUUCAAGUUCCAGAGCAACUUGGUGGUACAUCGGCGCAGCCAUACCGGAGAAAAGCCAUACAAGUGUCAGCUGUGUGACCACGCCUGCUCUCAGGCCAGCAAGCUGAAGCGCCACAUGAAGACUCACAUGCACAAGGCCGGAUCCCUGACGGGGCGCUCGGACGAUGGACUGUCCACCACGAGCUCCCCGGAGCCGGGGACCAGUGAUGUCACAGGGGAGGGCAUGAAGAAUCGUGAUGGGGACUUUCAGGGCGAAGGCAAUGAAGAGGAAGAAGAGGAGGAGGAAGAAGAGGAACUUGAGAAUGAGAGUCGGCCAGAGUCCAACUUCAGCAUGGAGUGCGAGUUCUUCCGGAACAGAGAGAACGGCGGCAAACUGCCGUCCGAGGAGAAGAUGGUGGUGGGCGGCGGCCUCACCUCCAUGCAGCAGUACAACCAUCUGAUCGUUGACAAUCGUAAAAGGAUGCCCUUCUCCAAGAGAGGCUCGGAGGGCCGGCGAGACACUGGGGACGAGGACUCGGUUGUUGGGGAGCUGGACCACCACCUGCACCACCACCUGCACCACCGCCACCAGGAAGAGAGGACGGCCAUCAACGGCCGGAACUGUGGCUCCGGGGACUCUUUCUCAGGCCUGUUCCCCCGUAAGCCGACGCCCAUCACCAGCCCCAGCCUGUCCAACUCCUCCAAUAAAAGGAUCAAGAUCGAGAAGGACUUGGACAUUUCCCAAACACCCCACAUCCCCUCGGAGAACGUCUACUCCCAGUGGCUGGUCGGCUACGCCGCCUCACGCCACUUCAUCAAAGACCCCUUCCUCGGCUUCACCGACUCCAGACAAUCGCCCUUCGGCACCUCGUCCGAGCACUCGUCGGAGAACGGCAGCCUGCGGUUCUCGACGCCUCCGGGCGACCUGCUGGACGGAGGCCUGUCGGGCCGCAGCGGCACCGCCAGCGGAGGCAGCACGCCUCACCUGGGCGGAGGUCCGGGCCGGCCCAGCUCCAAGGACAGCCGGAGGAGCGACACCUGCGAGUACUGCGGCAAGGUGUUCAAGAACUGCAGCAACCUGACGGUGCACCGGCGCAGCCACACGGGCGAGCGGCCCUACAAGUGCGACCUGUGCAACUACGCCUGCGCCCAGAGCUCCAAGCUCACGCGCCACAUGAAGACGCACGGCCAGCACGGCAAGGAGGUGUACCGCUGCGACAUCUGCCACAUGCCCUUCAGCGUGUACAGCACGCUGGAGAAGCACAUGAAGAAGUGGCACGGCGAGCACCUGAUGACCAACGAGGUCAAAAUGGAACAAGCAGAGAGAACCUGAAGCCGCUCGAGGGGAGAGACUUUCUGACAUUUUCUUUCUGGGUUCAUUUUCUGUUUCUAAGAAGCUGCCAGCUGAGAGCCAGAGGAGCGGAGAUGUUCCUGAAGCCGUGAACUGCCUCGUCGGGGUCAUUUGAACAAUCAGUCAGCUGAUGACAUGUGGAGCCUUUAACUGUGCAAUAAUUUCUGUAUUUGUUGGAUUUCUGGAUUUUGGCAUGUGCAGGUACAAUAUUAUUUAGAAUUUUUGGUUUUACUUUUGUUUUUUGCGUUACUUGAUAUCCUGAGAGGUUUUUUUAGAAGACAAUUUUUGAGUCAUUUCUUUUAGCGGCUGCUUGUAGGAAAUUGUAUAUUGAGCUAAAUGUGUGAUUUCUUUGAAGAGAAUUUGAAUUCAAUCUUCAAUUAUUUGAAAGUGGCGUGAACUGAGAAUGCUAGAGUUAGUCUAUUUUGUGUGAUGAUGAAACGCGGACAACAAUCCUUUGGCAUUGUAGCAUGAACUGAGUCUAAAACAUGUCAAUAUAAUUGGAUGUGUAGCACUGAGCGUCAUAUUUGACAGUAAAAGAUCAAAGAGGUCCCAUGGUCCUCCUCCUGAGGACUUCUUGACCGGUCCUCGAUAAGGCAGCUGCUGAUUGGACGACAGCCUCCUCCCUCCUCCUGCUUCCCUCCCCCUUCAUUUCACUUCUAUCCACACCUCCAUGUCAUAUAUGUUGCUGAAGCCAUAUGAUCGAGGCUAUGAUAUUUAUUUGUAGUAAACUGAAGCCAUGCAA